AUGGGCUCAACUCACCCAGAUCCACCCGCUACCCCGCCGCCGUCUGACCUCAACGAGGUGGCACAGGCGCUGGAGAUUGCACGAGAGAGCCCUGACGGCGCAAAGGAUCCUGUCAUUGCCGGCAUUUUGGAGGCGGCUUUAAUCUCGAUUUGGGACAGAGUGAUGGCGCAACCCGACUCAUACGUCCUGACGCGAGAUGAGUUUGCCGUCUUCAAUUACUUCCAGCACCGCUUCCAGGGCAACAAGGUCGCCAGAGCCGCGAGGAAACGAUACUGGGACAACACCGUUGGACAGUAA